GGCAAAAUUGAUAGGGAAAAUAAUCACGCUGGCACAUUAUGAUCGGCAUUCUUUCUUUUUGGGCAUAAAUGUCUAAUUUUCGUUGAUUUAAUUUAUAAUUUGAGGUGAAACCUUCAAAAAAAUAUCGCAUACCAGCAGACAAACAUGGCUCGCGCAAUUUCGAAAAAACGUAAAUUUGUUGCCGAUGGAGUUUUCAAAGCCGAACUGAACGAAUUCUUAAUGAGAGAAUUAGCUGAAGAUGGUUACUCCGGCGUAGAAAUUCGUGUCACCCCUACUCGUACGGAAAUCAUCAUUAUGGCCACCAGGACCCAAAACGUACUGGGUGAAAAAGGUCGCAGAAUUCGUGAAUUGACAUCUGUCGUUCAAAAACGUUUCAAAUUCCCCGACGGCUCGAUCGAAUUGUAUGCUGAAAAAGUUGCUACUCGAGGUCUUUGCGCUAUUGCUCAAGCCGAAUCAUUGAGAUAUAAAUUGAUCGGAGGUUUAGCUGUCAGACGAGCCUGCUAUGGUGUUUUGCGGUUCAUUAUGGAGAGCGGAGCUAAAGGUUGCGAAGUCGUCGUUUCUGGAAAAUUAAGAGGACAAAGAGCUAAAUCAAUGAAAUUCGUUGACGGACUAAUGAUUCACAGUGGAGAGCCGUGUGUUGAUUAUGUCGAUACCGCUACUCGUCACGUAUUAUUAAGACAAGGUGUAUUAGGAAUUAAAGUGAAAAUUAUGUUGCCCUGGGAUCCCUCAGGAAAGAACGGUCCGAAGAAACCAUUACCUGAUAAUGUUAGUGUGGUUGAACCAAAAGAAGAACUUCCACCGCCAGCACCCUUAGUUCCAGCCCAAGAUUUAAGAGGGUUGAAAACCGAUGUUUCACCUCCUGGUGUUGUACCAGUUUUGGCGUAAAAUUUAUAAAUAAAAGAAAAUUUUAUUUUACUA